AAAAGUCAGUGCCGAGGUUAUAACCAUAAAAGUCAGACGACGCCACACACCUCUUGCCCACUAAAAAAAAAAAAAACACUGAGUCAAGUUGAACAAAACAUUUCAUGUCUGAAGCUUGGCAUCUACUAGGAAAAUAGUGGAAAGUCAUGGAAAAUCUUCGACAUCGUCAACGUCUACGACAAUAGUCUGCGAAAGUGUUGACAGCUUGACUUUGUGGCCGGCCUGUGAAAGUACACAAACGCGGCGAAAAAGGGGGGUAAAACUCGUUCCAAUCUCAACUGCUAUAUGGCAGGCUACUACUAAUUGCACAUGCACAUGCACGGAACGGAGUAGGGCUUCGAGAACAGUUUCAUGGGAGGACUUCGACUUGUUAAAAUUCAUACGUGAUUUCACGAUCAUUAUCACAAGCAAACUCAACAUAAACACGAGAAUUUCUAAGUAUGGAAAACUUAACAUUAGGGGGACUGCUCGAAUUCGAGGGCGGCAAAGACGAGAGCUGCAGCGGUAGAAAUUCCUUUGACAUGUACGUGAACUUCCUGUGGAUCUUCGUCGGCAUUUACGUCCUGUCCCAGCUGAACAAACUGUCUGAGCGCCUCCUUGGCCAGCGGCUACUCGGCUUGAAGCAAUGGUGCGAUGUCCGCUCAAUCAAAAACGAAUGGGAGCUGACCCUGCAGCUUUACGAGAAGGACAAGCGCCAGAUGGACGCACAGGUGCGGGAGCUGCGCCAAAAGAACCUCAAUAUGGAGCGCGUGAUAAACGAUUUGCGCGACUGCAACAUACACCUGAUCAGCGAGAACUUUAUGCGAUCCGUGAUGCAGGAACAGAAGCCAAGACCAGCCCAGUCCAACAUCUACAUCACCAACAGCCACUUCCACCUCACACGACAGGUGUUCGUGAACAAGAGUCUCGAUGUGCAUAACGCCGGCAGAGCGGAUCCCGACUCCAUGGACUCGAUGGCGACUGGGGAGGGACUGAAUGUCUGGCUGCAGUACCUAAAGAUGCGAAAGUACUAUGUGGGCCCGAUUGCCGAUCCAAAUUUGAUAGCUCCCAGCAGCCCCGAGCAUAUGCUACCCAUUGUUAUGACAACCGAGCAGUUGGCCAGGUUGCAGGGCAUGAUCUAGUUGAUUUAACUUUAAACGCAUUACAAAUAGCAAUUGUUGUUGUUAUAUUAAUCAAAAUACAAAAAAAAACAUAAAAAU